UCAAUGUGUCCUACAUUCGCCGAUCCCUUAGAUAACCUCAAAAUUUGAGUUUUUGACCCGAACAGAUCAUGUUAUCGACUAUGCACUGUUUUCCUGGGACUAGAGUUUUCAGUGCUCCGUAGUUUUUUCUCAUUUAUAUUGUGAUUGUCAUUCGUAUCGCGUGGGUGUGUAUUGUGGCUCGGUUCUGAACAUUUUCGGCCAAUAUUCGGUUGUGUCUGCUUGUAGACAGUUGUAGGAUGUGUUGUGCAGUGCGAGUUUCAUAUAUUUUCGUCUUAUGAUAGUGUUGAGAGUUCGUUAAGUAAAUGAGUGGUGUCAGUCUUCUUGGAAUAGAAUGAGCCAAAUGGCGACAGACGACAGCAUGAGCGACGACGUGUUUGAAGAUGACACUCUACGUGCGCCCGCGCACACCGCACAACGAAGCACCCCCUCCCCCACGGGCUACAGGGAUUACCAUCCCCCCGUCACCACCCCUGCGAGGAUGCAGGAUGAUGACGAUGUUAUUAUACAUAAGACGAUCCUCCUCGGUGACAGCGGAGUGGGUAAAACCUCUUUACUAGUGCAGUUUGAGACUGGAAAAUUUCAAGCCGGCAAUUUCUCUGCGACAGUUGGCAUCGGAUUUACGAAUAAGGUAGUGACUGUAGACGGCAUCAAGGUGAAACUUCAGAUUUGGGACACGGCUGGCCAGGAGCGCUUCCGUAGCGUCACACACGCAUACUACAGGGAUGCACACGCUCUACUGCUCCUAUACGACGUGACCAACAAGAUCAGCUUCGAUAACAUCCGGGCGUGGCUCGGCGAGAUCCGCGAGUACGCACAGGAUGACGUCGUCAUCAUGUUAUUAGGUAACAAAUCCGACAGCGGCCUAGAGAGGGCGGUGAGGCGGGAGGAGGGACAGCGCUUAGCGAGAGAAUACCAAGUCGCGUUUAUGGAGACAUCAGCCAAAACCGGACUGAAUGUCGAAGCUGCCUUUGCCCAUGUGGCACGAUCUCUAGUAGCGAAAGCGAACCCCGUCGACCCCUCGAGGCUGGCCGUGCGCGCGCAGCCAACACAGGAACAGCGGUCUUCGUGCCCGCCAUGUUCGUAAUUCCGCGGGUAAUUCGAAUUCAGAAUGUGUUCGUUUUCGAAGUGGACCAAAGUUCGUGAACUCUUGAUUGAUCAGUUGAUAAUGUAACGCUGGUGUGAAGAGACGUGUUAUCGGUGUGAGUGAGCGUAUGAUGCUUUUUGGAGCCACAAAUACUGCACAAGUGUUGAACAAUGUUUUAUGAAUGUGGAAAAUAUUAUAUCAAUAUAAUAAUGAUGAUACUUAGGAUAAGGUACUUAUCAACUUCUACAGUAAAUUGUGAUAAGGAAUAAGUACAUACCUUACACCAAAAAUCUCUUUAUACCCUUACAGUUUAUGUAAAACCUGUUAGGUAGUAGAUAUCAAAUGUUUCUUUUCUGUCUGAUAGUCAGAAGAAACACCCACAAUAGCACAGAACAUUAGAAACCUUCAGUAUCAUUCCAGUUUUAAGAAAUCUAAGAAAAAACUUUAAUAUGUAUUACCUAUAAAAGGGCUUGUACCUAAAAUGUACUUUGAUAUAAAUAUAUUUAUUGGAAAAUGUUUACAAUGGUAGUUGUUUAAUCGAUUAAUAAGAUAUUAGGUAUAUUGUUUAUACCUACUUGAAGUCUUGAAACACUAUUGUUUCCUAGAAAAUAAAAACUUAGCAAAUGCGGCAAAUGCAUAUUUUCCCAAGGAAAACAAAUAUAAAGCAUACACUUUGAGCCUCUUCAUUUCAAAUGGAGUUUUGGAGCGGCAUUUAAUAGUUGCCAUUAUUGAGCUUAUGGCUGAGUAAAGGUACUACAAAACAAGUUAAGUAGCUGGAUUCAAGAGUCCUGACACAUAGCCGUAACACAUUUUCACGACCAAUCAGACACUUUUCAGGGGAAACUCAGGAUCUUCAAUUUAUGACGCCAAAAGUUUGCAAAUAGACGUUUUUGCUAGAGCUUGGUGUUGCUACGAAUUAGACCAUAUAUAAUGAGUCAAGUCUCUAUGCCUAUGGAUGGUUCAUGAUUCUAAUUAAUAUGCUCAUUGAUUGCUCACAAAAUUUACUGCAUUUGUCAAGAAAUUGUUUAAAAUUUUAAAUGCAUAGGAAGCAGUUGGUUUUAUUUCAGAAGAUUCUUUAAUUGUUAUAUUUCAUGUUAAUAAAGUUAAAUAAAUCAGUAUUUACAGAUUUCCGUUAACUAAGUAGGUACGUUGCGACUUGUAUAAUUUCGUGCGUUUCGAAUUAUCUCCAUUGACGCACUUCUAUGUAAUAAAGUAGAAUCUAAGUGAGAAAACCCUUAUCCCUGUGAUAACUAAUAUGUAUUAAAUUAUAUAUACUUACGUGUUUUAAUAAUAUCGCAUUAUGAUGUAACAUAUCGAUCAAGAUUUCUUAUUAUUGUUCCCGAAAGCCUCUUUUCUGUAAUGAAAUGAAAUCAGAGAUAUUGUUAUAUAUAAUAGUUAUAUACUCAGAUCAUAUUAUAGAGGUAAUGUUGCUAACGGAUGAAUAAUGGUUACAAUAGGAGGCACCUACCUAAUCUUUUCUUUUUAUUUAGUAAGGCAAAACGUUCUGAUUUUUUGUUUGUCUCAAGAAGUAACCGCAUUGCGGUAGAUACCUACAGAAGUUUUUUUCUAUGUUGUAUAUUCAAAAAUAUAUUUUUAUGUAAGAAAAAUAAAUAGACUACUUUUGGGUUUGAGGCUCAAAAUCAUUUUUUUUAUUUGUAUGUUAUUAUUAUUGCAGCAUUCUAAAAAUAAAAGCUAUUAAUAUCGUUUCUUAAAAUAAAGUUAUGUUUCCUUAUGACAAAAUGUAAUUUCUCUCAAGUCUAUUUUAUAUCAUAAGUAACGACCUUGAUGAAAAUAAAGAAAACCGUUUUAUGAUAAUAAGAUUCUAAUGUACUUACUUGUAAAGUAUUGUAUAAUUAUUGUCGUUGCAAAUUAUGUUUAAAUGUUGUGUGGCGUGAAUGUUGCUUGUGCAGAAAAUAAUAAAUUAAACCGUGACAUUA